AUGCCUGAUAAACAGAUUGCUGAAAAGCAUUCAAUGGAUAUCCCCCAUCUUGCGGCAGUGGAGAUGCCAUUAAAUGUGAAAGAUUCAGCGAAAGCUAUUGAAAUGCUCGGAGGAAACAACAAAAUAUCGAAAGUAAUAAAUGCGUCCAGUAGGACUGGUGCCCAGGGAAAUAUUUUGAAUGCCAAUGACAAUAUAUUAGAGCUAAGAUUAAGAAAAGACCCAUUUCAUCACCCUUUACAGUCACUGUUAAAUGCUAGCGAAAAAGUUCUCCUUAAGAUAUCAAUACCUAAAGAAAGUAUACCUGAAGACUACCAAGUUACACCUUCGAAAUAUUCUGUACGAGAUCUAGUAGAUAUUAACUUGAAGAAGUGUGCUUUAAGGCACAAGGUUCAACCAGUCGGCAUCAUUAAUAAAACAUAUUCUUUCAAAGCAAUGGCAGAUUUUCAGGUAUUGACCAAAAAUAAUAACAUUGUACAAGAUUUCAAAGACUUGGGACUUGAGGCAAAAAACUUUGAAACUUUAAAUAAGUAUUUCGAAAAGCACGAAGGUUUUAAUAGUAUUUCAGAUUUCAAAAAUUCUUCUAACUUCGAAAAUGGUGAUCACAAUUUACCUCCGCCUCCUAUCCUAAGCCCAAUACGUUUUCCGUUUGACUAUCGGUUUCAGAAAAACCCCCUUACCACAACAAUUAAGAACAACGAAACGGGUGAAUUGAAAGUGAUAUCGAAGAAGGAAACAUUGAAGCUACAUACGAUUAUCAUUGAUUUUAACUCUGAAACACCACUGCUGCCUGCCGCGCCUUUAAUUGAUAAUCUCAAAUCUUUAUCACAACAAAACUUAUCACAAGCUAGUAUAGAUUAUCAUUUAUUGGAAUGUGUUAAUUGGCUAAGAUAUGCGUUUGAUUUGAAACCAAUUUGGUUGCGAAAACAGUUGGAAGAUAUAGUCCCCUCAAACUUGAAAAGGGUGAUGAAGCAAGCUUUACCAUAUGUAUCUUAUAUUUACAAAAGUGGGCCAUGGAGGUUUUGUAACGUGAAGUUUGGAGUCGAUCCCAGAUGUGACAAAUCAUUCUGGAUUUAUCAAAGUGAAUACUUCAGAAUCCCGGGCUUGCACUUUAAUCCUAAUGUAGUAGAGCCACCGAAAAGAGUACCACUAAAAACCAUAAAAAGUGAAAAUACUGAAUUACUUAUCUCAGAGACUUUGAUUUUUGAUGGCAAUAAGCUUCCCUUAACUGUGACAUACCAAGUUGGAGAUAUUCGUGAUCCAGACAUCGUGAAUUUAUUUAGUAAUAAUCAAAAGAAUUUAGGUAAUAAAUUUUUUAGAGAUACGAUAGAUUUUCAAGAUGGUUGGAUUAAUAGGCAAACAAUGGAAUCUCUUAGAGGAAUAAUCAGAUAUAAAUUGAAUAGAUUGGUGAAAGAACAGCCUAUCGAAGCCAAUAAGAUUCAAAAGAUUAUUAGUUCUGAAUAUUCCGAAAAUAAUGAUGACCUUGAUGAAGAGCCAGAACAAGCUUCUAAGGAAGAUCCUGAUGCUUACAACUCUGAAAAUGACGAUGGGGAGCUUGUUGAUAUGGAAGGGGAUCUCACCCAAGAAGAUGUGGGCGGAGACACGAUAUUAAAUGAAGAAGAAAUUAUGAAAAAGUUGAAAAAGAACGACAACGUUAUUGCGAGCCAUUUAAGCUCACUUAUCGGUCUUGUUAAACAAGACUCAAUGACCGAUGAAUAA